AUGAGUAUCUUAUAAACAAAUUCAGAGAAAAUAUCUUGCAAAGCAGAAAAUGAGUAUUGUGUUGCAGAAGAUUUAAACACAAAAGGAUAAAGGGAUGUCAAUGUUUUAUGCAUUAAGUGUAUAAUUGAAUAGUUAUCAAAUAAAAAAAUAACUUUAAUCGAUGACACUAAGAGAUUAAUUUGUCAAAUGAAGACCUAAAAGAUUGAAAAUUAGUAAAAAAAGAACGAAAAAAGACGCGAGAUAUUUAAGAAUUUUUUAUCAUAAAUCAAAGAAUUUAAACUAACUGUUGAUGUGGCAUUUGAUAAAAUGACCAGUUUUAUACAAUAUAGGUUUUUUUAUAUUCAGAAGGAAAUUGAAUCACUACAAUAUGAAGGGAAAAACAAUUACUUAGAAGAUUUGACAGAAUAAUCAAGAAUUUAUUCUGAGUAAAGGUUUGAUAAUGGGAUCAAAAUAUAAGAAGAUAAUAAAAUCAUAGAAGAAAUUGAAAAAUAAUUUGAAACACUUUUUAACACUCCUCAAUAUUUCUAAUUAAAUCAAACAAUUAACAAUACAAGAUCUCUUUCAUAAGAACCAACAGAAGCAACUGUUUUAAUACAGCCAAUAUAACCUUACUGCUUUAUAUUUUUAACCAUAAUGAAUAGAUUAUUAUUAUCGAUAUUUUAAUUUAGGUCUGUUAUUGCUUUUUAGUUACUCAAAAGUAUAUCUUAACGAUAUUAAUAAAGAAGUUUAUUUAUAUUUAAACAAUUCAAUUAAUGUGUUAUUAUUAGAAUUAAAUAUAUUUACACCAGUUAUUUUUUGAAAUGUUAAUUUAGUCACUUUAUUAUAAUUUGA